AUGCGCAGACCAGUAACUCGGGAGGGGGGAGGGACCGCCUGUGCCUUGCGCUGCUGUUGUGCGUGGAGCGGCCGUUCCCUCCCUCCGCAGCCCCUGCGGUCGCUGGCCGGGAAACCCCAUCGAGCGGAGGAGCGGUAGCGGCGCUGUGAGGCGAAGGAGUUGGAGGCCGAGGCCGAAGACGACGACGACGAAGGAGGAGAAGGAGAAAGAAAAGGAGCGGAGGGAGACCGAGGAAGAGGAAGAAGGAAGGAAGGAGAGAAAAGGAGAAGAGAGGUGUUUUAGGAAGCCGCCGCCACCGCCAUGAUGGCGGCCUAGCCGGCCCAGCGCAACGCCUGACGGGAGCCGCCGUUGCUGCCGUCGCGGAGGACCAUGGCGGAACGAGGCGGCCUUUGAGGAGAAAGAAGCCGCCGCCUCACACGGGAGGACGCCCUUCGCGGCCCUUGUUCUCCCUCAAGGCAUCCUUCCCUCCCCGCCCGCCGCCGCCGUAGUCUCGGCACCUGCCCAUCCCCCACCCGCGUAGCGCCCCCCGUCCUUCCCUCCCCUCCACCGCCAUGUCCUGCGUGCACUACAAGUUCUCCUCGAAGCUCAAGUAUGACACGGUCACCUUCGAUGGACUCCACAUCUCGCUCUGCGACCUCAAGCGCCAGAUCAUGGGCCGCGAGAAGCUCAAGGCCGGCGACUGCGACCUCCAGAUCACUAACGCUCAGACCAAAGAAGGUAGGAAGGACGACGACGACGGGCGGCUCUCGUGCUCUGUUUUCUCGUGUCGUCGUCGUUUGGCUUUCUUCUCUUCCUCUUCUCUUGUGGGGACACGACCAGCAAUCCCUCACACACAGCGCGCGCACACCCACCCGCCCGCGAUCCAGCCCCCCCCCCCCGGCACGCGAAGAGCUUACCCACAUGAUGCGUACACACAUACACAACAACAUGGGUUUAAAAGGCACGUUUACACACACAGGGAGCAGAAAUAAUCCCGGGGGCUGGGAAUUGUGGCCUUGUGAGGGGUGGAGAUGUGCUUUAGAUGUAUGGAUGGUGAUGUAUGCAGCCACAGUCUAAAUCGGGGCAGGAGUGACAAACAUCCUUGACUCAGGAAGCCCUUCCCUUAUGAGGGUUACUAGGCCACAUUUUCUCCAAAGGGCAUGGGUCUUUAUCUUCACAUGCUUUCGCUUUGCUUUCUGCAGAGUCAGGCCACUGGGCCUGUUUAGCUCAGUAUCAUUGACACCUUUGGUCUUCAACUGGUGGGUUGGGACCCACUACUGGGUCAUGGUCUGAUCUAAGAUGUUAAGUGUCAAGUGGGUUUCCCAAUGCAUAUUUGAAUUACAGGUGGGACUCAGGCCUGACAGUAUUGAAGACUGCUGCCAGAGGCUCCCUGUGAUGUCAGGCUGGGGAAAUUCCCAGCCUUACCAAAGAUGCCAAAGCUUGAACCUGGGGUUUUCCACUUUGCAGGUUUUAAAAUUGCUUAAGAGUUGUUAUAAAAUUUUAGGAUGCACACACAUAUCAGACACACACUCCACAGAAAACCAACCCUUCACCCUUCAAAAUUUAGGAAAUAUUUCCUGAGAAAAUUGCCCAUUUAGGAAAUAUUUCCUGAGAAAAUAGCACACAGAACAAUCCCAGAAGCUAUAUUGGCUCUCCUAAUAUUAGAAGAGAUAUCCCAAUAGUUAUUUCAGUUCCAAAUCCUUCAAAUCCCAUUUUAAGGGGGUGUUUUGUGUAUGAAUAGGAAGUGACCUGGAUUCAAGAACCAAAGUAUUUACCAUCUCAAAAGAAUAGUCAGACUGCCUAGGUACAGUCAUACCUGGAGUUGCGAUCACUGCGGGUUGUGUGUUUUUGGGUUACGGACAUGCUGAACCCGGAAGUACUAGGACGAGUUACUUCCGGGUUUCGGCGCAUGUGCAGAAGCGCUAAGUCACCUCCCGCACGGAUCACGUUCACAACCGAGGUUCCACUGUAAUGCAAUUAGUUAAAAGGUUAUUAGGUAUCCUGGCAGGCAGGAGAGGAGCCUCACUCUCAGUUUUUUGUUAUAGAUUGCCUCCUUGUUCAUGAUGUUUUUAGGGUGGUCUUUGGCUAAGGGGUUGGGCAAUGUGUAAAGUCUUUAAAGGGGCUUGCACAUCUUUGUUCUGGAUCUCUCACCUCCUUACAAGGAGGCAGUGGCUUUGUUAUAACAGAAAAAUAAAGAUCUGCCUUGCUUUCACUGGAUCCUGCCUCCAUCCAUCUCUGACCCAUUAUGGACUUAGGGAACUCAGAGUCCCUUGGUGAGUUGGGCAGCAAAAACUAACCCCCAAUUCUACAACAGGCUAAAUACAAAGGGAAAAAUACGAAGCAAAUGCUCCACUGUUGAGCUAGGCAUUGGAAAAGUGAGGGCCCACAGUUAAGCUGUGGGCAGUAUUGGGAAUUUGAACCUGGAACUCCUUAGUCUUUGUCCAGGACUCUUAGCCAUCCCCAGCCUGAUGUUUUAGAGAACAGCUCCCAUCAGCCCUAUCAAGCAUAGGGUCAGAAACUAUGGGAGUUGUGGUCCUAAAAAUCUGGAGGGCUCACACCACUUUGUACACCUUUUCCGUUACUUACCUUCCUUUCAUAGAUUGGUGUGUGUAUGGGUAGCCAGUGGUCAAGCUGUUGCCCUGUAUGUGGUGAGAUGAAUUACUAAGGUGGUAGCAUCUUUAGUCUUGUGAUCUUCUAGGUCUCACCACCCCAGACCCAAGGGUAUAUGGCCGGUAAAGAAUGCAACUACUCAUGUAAGCAAUUUAAAGUUACAUUAUAUAGCACUUUUGUGCCUGCAACACUAUGUUACUUCAGUAGUCCUUACAGCAGCUUGAAGCACAUGCUUCCCCAACACUACCUAGUGUGCUAAAGGUAACAGUUGAAUUGGGGAAACAGUUUAAAACUUGUUUCAUCAGUGUUACUUAGUUUCCCAUUCCAAUACCAGACUGGUACACAAAAUCUUUACACUGCUUCCCUGAAUAUGUAAUAAAUACCUAGAAAAAUAUUCUAGUUUUUAUAUGAUAAAUAAGUAGAGAGCUUGGCUUGUAUCUGGUCAUAGUUGAAUCCAUCAGAAGUUGUUGAAUCCAUUAACAAGGCCCCUCAGGUUUUUUUUGUUUUGACUGCAAGUGAGGCUAAGGUGGCCAGAUUAGCUGGUGUCUGUCUGUAGCAGCAGUCAGCAGCAGAUGCGUCAGAGGAAGUGCGUGGUAAACAGUUGUUGCCAUGAGCCAUUCCAAGCCACUCACUCCCAGUUUCCGGCAGCUCCAAGAUUCCACAUACUGUUUAAGCAGUUACAUCAUGGCUAAUAGCCACUGGUGGCCUACUUACCUCUGAAUUAGUUAAAAUCUUAUUAUCCUUGUUGCCUGAUGGUGUGGCAUAUGGUGUUAUGUCAAAACAUACAUACUGAAUUUGUGUAUGAAUAGAGCUGCUUGAGUAGAUUUACGAUCUCAUGAUUUCACCAUUGGUACAGUAUAGGGACACUCUGUAAGAGCCUAGGAUGAGGAGGGGUGCUUUAUAACAGUUAUGUCAGGAAUAGGGAACUUGUGUUCUCCAGGUAUUGUUGGCCUCCCAGCUCCCAUGAGUUCCAGCCAGCAUAGUCAGGGGUGACUGGAAAUCUAGUCCUCCCACAUCUGGAGGAAACAGGUUUCUUAUCUUUGGCUUAUGACAGCCUAGGGUGAAUACACUGGAUACGAUUCGUUUCCUGAUUGGUGGUAGGCCUGGUGGACAGUGACUUUGAUAAUGUCAACACUCAUCUCAGUAACCUCCUUGGCAUGCUAAAAAGUGGACCAAGACUGUCUUUAUGUGAAUCUUUAGGAAAGUACAAGUCAUGUUGGCCCUGCUGAGGAUAUGUGCAUUUUAAACAUUGUGCUUGUUACCACAAAUCACAGCAAACAAAGCAGACUUCAGACUGCCACAAAAGCCUCUCAUAUGUACAAGACUUUAUGGAAGAGAGAAUGUUUGUCCUGCAUGUAUGUGCAUUGUGUGUCUAAAGCAAGUCCCCAAGGUUGUCAUGUGCAGGCAAAAAGCUCCAAACUAACUGCUCACUGAAAAUGGCAUUCACCCCACUGAGAGAGUUCACAGUAAAUGUAGAUUAGAUGUGUCAGGACUGAAUUAGGCAAUUGGAUUAAUGUUUAUUAGGCAGCAAGGUUAUAGUAGUUCAUCUAGUAAGGCACUCCAGACAGGUAUCCUGGGGGAAAUAGGCUGUGUCACAUUUACCCUCAUGCUCCUUGUCCCCCCCCCCCCACAAAGUAUGUGUACCAUUACACAAGUUUUGUGUUAAUUCCUGGAAAAUGUGCAUAAUUCCAGCAGAGACUGUAGAAAGACUGUUUGGGACAAUAAGUUGAAAAGUGAACAAUGGCAAGUUCUUGAUGUGAACACAAGCCAUUUAUUUCCUCAAGAGAACUGUACAGUGAAUUCCUUAAUUAAUUUUCAUGUCAGCUAGUUAAAUUUUUAUGACAAUAGCUGUUUCAGUUGCUGAACUAUCUGGAGUUUUAAACAAACAACCACCAGGUCCCUGGGAAAUUCAGUCGUGUAUUAUGCUUGCCAUUUUUAUGCUCUUGUCCAGGGAAAAUCAGAGACAUCUUCACCAAACGCACUGUUAGCUUAUUGUGCCCAUGCAUAUAUGAUGUGUGUUAAAACAUCCACAUUGGCACAAUGAUAUUAGCAGCUCCAGACUGGUGGGGGGUAGUUAGUUGUAAGCACCCAUCCUAACUAUGGAGCCAUUUUAUAACUGGGUGCUUUUUAAAGAAAUAGGGGUAAGAUUUCAAUGUAUGGGGUUGGGUGGCUUAAAUCUUUUGGGUGGAAUCCAACUAACUCCCUCUCUGAUUAAACCCAUUGGAAUUGCUGGACCUAAGAUAGCUGUGUUCAUUCAUUUCAGUGAAUCUACUCCAACUAUAACUGUUAUUAGACAAACCUUUUAUAAUAGGGGGGAGAGCCAUGUAAUCCAAAUACUAAACUUGUGGUUUGUACAUUCACACAUCCUGUUCUUUGCAACCUUUCACAAGGACAAGCUAACAUUUUGGUUAUGUGAUUUUGGCAAAAAAAGGUAGAACAUUUUUCAGUAUUCCCAAAAGGGUGAGUCCAAUGAAUUUGCCACCUCAGAUCAUUGUGCUAUAGUAACUGCCAUACCUGCUUUCUUGGGAACACUUUGCAAACUAGACUACAAAUUCAUAGACUUAGGUUGCAGUCAUAUAUACCCUUACCUGAUAAAGUCAGUAGUGUUUACUUUUGAGUAUACAUGUAUAGGGUUGCAGACAGAGUGUGCAUUCCCAAUGCAGUGUGAAGUUCCAGACCACUCUGUACAUAAGUUAUCUUUUGCUUUAAAUACCUCCCUAUGAAAUCCUUGUUCUGGAGUGCACUCUUAAUUGGCAGGGUCCAUUUAGCAUUUUAAAACUUUCCCAAAAAUGCUAAAUACGGUCCUGUGCUUUUAGCCAGUGUCCUAAUAAAUUACAUUUUCAUUAGUAUACAUUCUACAGAUCUUGGGUAUAUUAAGGAAAGUGGUCCAAGUUCCACCAAAUGCUACUUCAGUAAUUGUGGGAUAAGUAUUAAUGAUCCCAAAUGGUUAUCAUUGCUGAAAAGGCCCAGGGUUUUGUGGCCUAUUUUGAGAAAAUUCCACAUUGGAUUUCUUUUCUUUUAUUCUGAACCAAGCAUACAUGUUUUUUCUCUCCUUUCCUAGAAUAUACUGAUGAUAAUGCCCUGAUUCCCAAGAACUCAUCUGUUAUUGUCAGAAGAAUUCCUAUUGGUGGAGUAAAAUGUACAAGCAAAACUUAUGUCAUGUAAGUGUCUGGUUUUUUGUUCCAAGUACUAAAAUAAACAUAUGGAUUCUAACUAACAUGUAGAAGCUUAGUGAUGCAAGAAACAUAGUUUAAUUUAUUUCUGCUACAUGAAAAACAUGCAUGCAAAUUCAUUUUGUCAUAUUUGACCAUGCCAGCAGCAUAUGUUAGUUGCACAUUUCUAUUUCCGUCUAUGGCAGUUACAUUCCUAUUUAUUCUCCUGAUGAAGCUACACUUUCUAACAGAAGUUACAGGGAGAGCAGUUUUCUACUUGCUAGUUUGUGGGGGAUUUCCAUCAGAAUCCUCUCCCCCACCCACGCAGUCUUGAGUUCCAUGUGAAUGGAUUAGGCGCAUCCAGUUUCUAGUUGGUAAUAAGUUAUGUGUUUUGAUAUGUUUGGUGAGAGUGGGACAAUAAAGUCAAAAAGGCUAUUUUGCUUACUGAAUAAUACUUUAAAAUUAUACUGUGCCCUUUCUGGUAGUCCUUUGAAAAUGAAGAAUCGGAGUUGGAAUGGACCCCUGAGGGUCAUGCAUGAAGUCCAACCCCUACAAUUUGGCAUCAUAGCUAUCCAACUUUAAAAACCUCCAAUAGGAAGUCUAACACCUUCCAAGGGAGUCUGUUCCACUGUUAAACAGCUCUUACCAUCAGAAUUUUUUCCCCUAAUAUUUAGUGGGAAUCUCCUUUUUUGUCAUUUGAAUCCAUUGGUUAGGAUCCUCCACUCUGGAGCAGCAGAAAACAAACUUCCUCCAUCUUCCUUGUGGCAACUCUUCAACUAUUAGAAAAUGGCUAUCCUGUCACCUGUUUCUUCUCCAGGCUAAACAUCCCUAACUCCUUCAACAGUUGUUCAUAAGGUCUGGUUUCCAGACCCUUGAUCAACUAGGUCUCCCUCCUCUGCACACGUUUCAGCUGACCAACUUAAAUGGUGGUGCCCAAGAAUUAGCCCUACAUCUAUUCUUGUUUAAUUUUUUACAUUCUUUUACUUAGAGGCACUUGAAGUAGAUUAUUCCUCUCCAGUGAAUAGACUUGUGUUCCUGCAGUUUGGGAAUUUGGAAAAUAAACUUGACUGAAAUCCUGAGUGUGGGGCUGAUUCUUGAAGUUCAGGUUGGCAAUAGGGCCAAUUCUGAACAUCUCCUGGAGAUAGAAUAUUUUAUGUUUGGAUUGACUUUGGGAUGAUAGAGGUUAAAUUGUAAAAGGAGUGGCUUUUUCACAUUAUGAUUCAUUAUAAAAUUAAUUAUGAUCAGACAGUGUUGAGCUUAAUAAUGAAAACAAAUUUCUAUGGUAUGUAGAGACAGGAUGAGGAGAGAAACUCUUGGGACUGGUUUUCCAUUAUAGGAGUUUGGGCUUGUCUAUGGAUUGCUUAAUGAGAUCUACAUUCUACAUGUGGGUAGGAGUUCCUGGACACAGGACUCAUUCAUAUUGCCUUUUGGGGAGGAAUUGGGUGGAAGCAAGCAAGAGCAGUGGAUGCUGGGCAGGGCAAGAUUCUGGUGGAUUGUGCUUCUGAAGAUCAUGUUUUGAAUAUUUUAAGCAGAUACUAUUCUAGUCCUCUUGUGCAUUUGUCAUAGCAUGGGGUAGUUCAUGAUAUCACCUCUCAGCCAUCAAUAGCAUAACAUGUGAAUGGUGUGUUUGUGUGGGGGGGGAGAAUAAGAAAGAGGGAAUCAUAGAAUUGUAGAGUUGGAAGGAUGAUCUAGUCCAACCCCCUGUGAUGCAAGAAUAUGUAACUGCCCCAUACAAGGAUCAAACCUGCAAUCUUGGAGUUAUCAGCACCACACUUUAACCAACUGAGCUGGUCUUAGGUUUGAUACUUGGUAACUGGAUGGCACCCUUCCACAUAGCUGACAUAGGUAUGAUGGGUUAGCACUAAAGCAUAAUGUACUCUGGAGUGAACAUUGACUUGUUCCUUUAAAGUCAAGUGAAUACAGAGCACAUUUGCCCAUGUUUGCAAGAGUUGCUUAUGGUAAAGGUGUUGUACAUUUGUAGGGUAAAAUGUAUCGCAGACAUAUCUUCAGGAACUCUUGAGAGUAAUUUUUGCUGCCUGCUGAGGCCAGGUCUGGUAUCUACUCCAUCCCACCUGCCAUGCCAACACUAAAAUGUCUUGCUGCACCAUUCAGGCACUUAAUGCCUGUCUUCAUGUAUUCUUCCCACCACAAUGCUCGCUUAAGCGGCCUGCUUCCUCCUCCUACAGAAAAAUACUAUUCCUGGUGCAAGAACCAGUUUUCUGCUUAGAGUUCCAUUCCUUGGUAUCUGUCCACCCACCCCUCACACACACACCAUGGAACAUGCUAGUUGAGUGUGCAGUACUAUCCCCUCACCCCAUGUGUAGUUUUAACUUAAUGUGUGCCUGUGGCCUUCGCUUUGUACCACCAGAGACCAUGGUUAGGAUUAGUUCUUUCCCCAGUAAUAAACAUGACAGACAUCAACCUCAAAAAUGAGACAACAAAAUAGCAGGAUUCAGAGAAAUUUUUGAAAUACAAAAUUGCUUUUAUCUUGGGUUACUUGCUGCUUACAUUUAAACUGUUUUCAGUGACAAAUAUGUAAGGCAUGUGGUAUAAGGCCCUAUUCAGACAUUGGCUUUGGACUUGCAUGCACUCACUCCUUAACAAUUGUGAGGAGAUCAGUAACUUUUAAGCAAUGUGUGGUUCUCUGUAACAUCCAGGCUGUGGUUACUUAAACAACUUUUAAUGAGAAGAAGCUAGCAGUUUCAAAUCCUGCCUUGUUAUCACAAACCUUAGUUUAAACACAGUUCGCCAAAGUUAAGAUUUAAUGGGCAGUUGUGCUUUGUAUAAAAGCAGGUGCUUCUGCUCACCCACAGCCAUUAAAGAAGGGAAGGGGCUCACCAUAGCUUAUGCACAUAGCAGAAAACCAUGGUUUCCCAUUACAUCUGAAUCAAGCUUAAGUGUGUUCGUUAUAUGAUGGCUGUUGUGCGGGAGAUGCAGUUGAUUAAUACUGUUCUAUAAACAGCUCUCUGGGCCAGGUUAGCUUCCUUGUUCACAGUUUGAGGAUUUGGCCUUUUGUAUAACUUUGUGCAGAUCUGUUUUUCAUGAAAUGGGUAAAAGUUGUUAGUCUAAUAAUAAUAAAUUAUUUAUACCCCGCCCAUCUGUCUGGGUUUACCCAGCCACUCUGAGCAGCUUCCAACAAAAUAUUAAAAUACAGUGGUCUGUUAAGCAUUAAAAGCUUCCCUAAACAGGCAUACGGUUUGUAUCUAAGGUGGCAGUUUCCUCUGUCAUUGCUGUUUUUCUGACAUUCUCUAUUUUCUCUUUUUAGAAGUCGAACUGAUCCAGUGAGUGGAACUUCAAAAGCAGUAUGUAAAAACACAAUAUCACACUUUUUUCCUUCUACACACUUAAUGUUUUUUAAAGUAAUGUAGCAAUAAAAUACUUUUCUAAAUAUUAAUUUACAUUGAUUUCUCACAGAGAACCAUUUAUAUUGUAAAUACAAUGUAUUUUGAAUCAGUAUAGCAAAAUUAAGCAAUGCAGAUCAUUUUAAUGUGAAUAUUGACACUUGUGCAAAGUGAUGCACUGUAUUGCAUAUUGAAUGCAAGAUUAUUUCCUGUAUGACUAUGUGUUGUACAGAUACUGUAUGAUCAUUUAUAGAUCAUGUAAGAUAAGGGUUUCACUGCUAAACGUGAUUACCUUGUUCAACAUCUGUGUGUCUCUAGUUAGUAGCUAUAUGUUUGUAUAGGUUGUUGUGUGCCUUUUUGUUUUCUUGAAAUAAAAACAUUUGGAGUGUAUCUUUUUUUUGCCACUAUUGCAUUGUAUCACCUAGGCUUUGUUCUAAGUAUUUCCCUUUAUGGUUUUUGAAAGCGUCAAAAACCACAUUAGUGUUAAACUUGUUGUUUUUUUUCCUUUUAACUUGGGGUUCAGGCACAUGUUAAAACAUCAAGAGCAGUUUUAUGCAGCUAUAAAUGUGCCCUGUCAUACACAGUCUUUGCACACGACUUCCAGUAGCAAUAAGAAUUUUUUUAAAACCAUCUAGAACUGGUAUCCUGCACUUGCUUCUGUUUUUUUGGGAGCAAGCACAUAAUUUAAAUUUGUCACAGUAGUCAACAUACAGGAAACCUAUUUUGGCAUAAUAACCCAGCUGCAAGUCCUGCACCUUUUUAAGAAACCUUCCCAGUUGAGGAUAACUUGCCUUACUUCUUUCCUCUUCACCAGACAAAUUCCCUAAUGUUAUUUUAUAUUAGAUAAACUCUUAAAUUGAAUACUCUAGUAAAUCCUUCUGUAGCAUACCAUUGUUUGUGUAUGAUAACAUUGGCAGCAUUUUUGUUUGAUUCUGGUGUAUUAAUUUUAGCCGGUACUAACACAUAUUCUGUUCAGUAUGGUUUUGCUUAAUUUAAGAUACUGCAAACCUAGUUCUAAUUAUUUUUCAGCUUGGCAUAUCUUAAGUGUACUUGUUUAAGUGUAGCUGGCUUUCUUUUUAGAAGAACGAAACCCAAAAAGUUAUUUUGUGGAUUUACUGGUCUUGGUGACCAGUGAGAAUAUUGAUGAAAUCAUGGUUAACUAGAAAUGUUUGGUUUUUGUGUAGCCUUUCAAAAUGUUAAACCAUAGGCUGCAUUUGACAACUCGUCAUACAUGUUUUAAAACUGCUUCCCAUUUAUAGUGACCCAAUGACUGCUGUAAUACAUAAUACAGUGGAUUUGUGUAAGCUACACUUACCUAAUUCUUUUUUCAUGAGCAGUCCUUUUCUUUGCUAGUAUGUAUAUAAACACGACUAUAUGUUCGUAAAUAAAGUUCAACAUUCAUUUAGAAUAUUGUGUUCCCUGGCAUGUCUAUUAUACAUCUGGGUAGUUCUUGUAGUUUGAUCAAAUGUUUUUUAAAUGUGUUUUUUUAAAGCAGGCUUGCAAACAGGUCCACAGAAUUUACUAGCCUACAAACUUAUCCACAUUGUAACUUAUUUGCGUUCUAAAGUGGGGGUGAUGGGUAUAUAUAUUUUUAAGCUUCCCUGUCAUAAGUACCUGGAGGUGACUACUACUUCCUGGCCUAGAGGGUGGCUGUUUAAAGCUAAGGCGGAACACUUACUUCCUUUACAUAAUUCAUCUGCUAUGCUGUCUUGCCCAGAUGUCAACUGAGAAUUCAAAAGAAAAUUCUUUUUGGAAAUAGGUCUUUCCAAUUCUGUGUUGAAGUGUUCAGUGCUCUGGGAAACUUGGUCUAGAUGGUGGGGAGGAGACUUCAGUGCUUCCAUGUGAUAUAUGACAAAGCGAAAAACUGUAGGCUGAAGAUGAGGCUUGGCACUGGGCUGAGAGUAGUAUAGAGUGCAGGUUUCUGUAGUCUAAAAAAGUCAACAUGUUCUUAAUUGUCAAGAAUUCCUCAAAGUAGUACUUCUUUGAUUGUUGUCUUAGUAUCCAAAAAGUAUAGCAUCUUUUUGGGUGGGCUUUCUGCAUCUAAUAUAGACUGCUAAUGUUCUUGACAAGGCCUCCACAAGUCAGGUUUCCUAAGAAGGCAAGGUGUCCCACACACAGAUUCCCUCUCCUGUGUUGCAAAUAACUUGGGAUCUAGGAAGUUGUGAACUCAAUCAUGUACAGGGCUGGAUCUAACAUGAUCCUUAGUGCCAUAGCUCUGGGGUUUUCUUAGCUCUUUGUGGUGCUCUGAGUUCAUUGUAGGGCAUGGGUUUGACUGGGUGUGAAAUGUGAAUCAGCUGUUUGUGGCCAUGCAAAGGAAUGGAAAUCCGGGGGCUGACAGAAAUCUCAACUGGAAUUGAUGACUUUUAAGAGCAAAGAGUUUAGCAUUAAAGGAAUAAGAGCAGCCAGAGGACUUCCAACUACUAGGAGACCCAAAAUUCACUUGCUUGUGGUAUUUUCGAGUCCAGGAUGCAGUGUGUUCCCUUGUCCCUAUUCUCUUAAGCAAUUCUUUGCUUGUAAUCUGUUCAGUGCUUUCCACGGGAAAUAUUACCUCUGUGCCCAUGUUCCAUAACUUGCUUCAUAUGGCUGCAGCUGCUUAGAGUAAAUAACACUUAAUGAGCUGUUAAGCUCUUAAGUUUACCUGCUCAGCCUGUUACCACACACAAAAAUAACUGCCAUGAUACAGGUUAUAAACUCAUUUUCUUGAAAAGGCUGCCUUUAGAAAGCUGUGUUUGAGUAUACUGCUUUAAUUAAAUUGCUGCAUAGUUCAAGCUACAAAAAAUGUUAGUAGUCAGAUAGCUCUGAUUGUGAUUGGUGGGACGUUAUGGAGGUGAGGUCAUUGCAAAUAACUCUGCGUUGGCUGAGGCUGGCCACCCAGCUUUAGGAAUGGUGACCAGGAUCCACUCUUAAUGAUGUCCCAAGUGUAGUGCUGGUGGGGUUGAAUGGCAGCUAUUCACUUGAGCAGGAGAAAGUAAAGGGGUACCCUCAUAACUUUGGGCAAAGUGUGAAACCUAUUGACUCGAGCAUGUUCUCCCAUCCUGCCAAACAGAGUCCUACAGAACUCCAUAGAGGCAAGCUUAAUUCUUUUUCAGGGUUAGCUUCUAUCUGCCUAACCCCAUGUUUCACUGACCCCCGUUUAGGCAGACAUUAUUGUAACGCUAGUCACAAACACCUGAAAAGUUGGGAGUUAGAAGGGAAAUGUGUGUUUUAUUAUCUUAACAUAAAUCCAUUUUUCUUCUUCAGCAACUUUUUGCAUUACACUUGAAGACCAUAAAACAAUGCUAGUGUUUUACGAUGUUAUAUUUCUGAUUGCUUUCACUUCAGAGCUACCUGUAGGCACUACUUAAAAUGUGUCUUAAAACUUAACGUUGAAUGUUGUAUCCUAGAAUUAGCCUCUCAAAAAUGUGGCUUUAUUUACUUGGCGCCAGGCAUGUAAGCGCUUGAGACCCAAUCCUGGUACCUUCAAGCAAGAUACCACCAUGAGAAACAAUACAUGUUUUCAUUGACAUUGUUUUCUAAAGUAGUAGCUAGAGUUCUAUUCCUUAUGUCACAAGAAGGGCUAUCUUAUCUCAUUACUGUAUUUCUGGUAUUGAAUGCUGCCUUAUUCCAAAGUUAGUUCAAAUGCAGCCUUUGCCAACCUGUUGGACUCUGGAUGUUUUGGGCCACAACUCCCAUCAGCCCUUGCAUGCACAAGUCUUUAGGAUGCUGAGGCUGAUGCACACCAAAGCAUCUGGAGUGCACCAGGUUAGUGAAGGCUACUGCUCUACAGUAAAUGAAAGAAAGUUGAUCUACACAAUCUGGUUUAACACUCAUGGCACCUCCAACAAAAUAAAAUCUUUUGCUUUAGGGGGCUUCAGUUCAUUUUCUGAGCAGCAUCCCAAGACUUGUCACAGCACCAGAGUCUGAUUUCUUGCUAUAUUAUGCCAUUUCUCUUAAAUGGACAAUAGCUGUAGUUGAGCCCAGUGCUAGAAAUCAAGUUCCUGAACUGAUCCCUGGACUUCAAAAAAUAUUUGCCAUUACUGAUUUAGAUAUUACAAACGAAAUUCUUUAAAUGUUACCUCUUUAUUUCAAUAGUUUCCAUGAAAAUGUAAUUUGAGAAUCAAAUAAAUAUUUUAAGCACUUAAUUCCAACACUUUCCCUGCCACAGAGCAUUUAAUUAGUACCCUGUUGCUAUCGACAUUGGCUUUUUUGAGUUAAGCAUUAACAAGUUUCCAGAGGCUUGAAAUCUGCCAAUUUUAUUUUUUUUUAAUAUAGGAAAAUAUUUGGCUAUUUUGUGUGACUGCUUUGUGGAACCUACUGCAGCAUGCUAUUACAUGUAGAAUGACGAUUUUUAACUAUUGAAAAAGCAAUUUAUUUUUGUUGUGAAAAAAUGUAGGCUUGUUUAUGUUGAUCUCUGAACAUAAGCCUGAUGAGUUGAUUCCACUGAGUGAGUGCAGCAUUAGUUGCUCUCCUGUGAAACUGAAUAUUAUGUAUACCUGACUGCACAAACUGUACAGACAAUGAUAUGUUUUGGCCAAAGGCUUCAUUACUUUGAAAAAAAUGCCUCUCUGUAGGACUAGAUCUUAAUAACACAGUAGAGGCUAAAUAUUUUGCUUCAUUUUGAUUGUGGAACUUGAAUGUGUGUUUAAUUUUUUAUGAACAGAUUGAUGACUCUUCUGCAUCUAUUUCUCUGGCCCAGCUUACAAAGGUAUAUAUACAUAUAUUCUUGUCAAAUAUAGCCAAAUAAAUUGUUGCUUGCUUGGUAUUUUGAAUGUUUUUAUGCUGUGAUCCUUAUCUGGUUAAUUUCUGUUACUGGUGCAAAGCAUUUUUAGUAAAAAGUACCGAGCCUAAACAUUGAAAAUGUGUGUAUAUUUAUUGAUAACUAUCCUGUAAAGAGUAGUUCCCAGUAUGGGAAGAUAGAAGGGGAGUCCCUUAUCAGCCUCAACAUAAUGUUGCCGUUUUACUCAACUUCAAGACACAAAGAAGAAGCACCUCCGAAGCUGUUUUAUCGUUUCUUUCAUACGUUCCAUUAAUUUUGCAUUGGAAAAAUAGCACAAAGAAGAAUUUUAAUACUUUGGCUAUUUAUGGACUCCUAGGAUUUCUCGGUGUGACAGCCAAAAUAGAAGUAUUUCCCUAUCACAUGGACACUUUACAUGAUAAUUUUGGGAUUCUGCAUUCAAAGCCAGUGAUAGUGCAAUAAUUUGCAUAAAAUUUGAUAAAAGUUGUACACUUGUAGUGUAUGCAGUGGGCAGCAGCUAUGCAACUAAUUUGUUUGAACACAGACUGCGUAAAUGUAACUGUUUAUAGGAAUAUACCAAUGUGUAUGUGUGGCAUAUUAGCAAAUGUGACCUUCUGAAACUGUUGUAUCUGCCUUGUUUUGCUAUGAAACUGCUUGCAUUUUCUGCUCAAUAAUGUGUAACUUUGUCUGGGAAAGCACUAGUGAUAACGCUCAUCAAGUAAAUUAGCUGCUCUUUAAAAUUCCUAUUAAGCAGUGUUACCUAAUACAUUUGUGUUCCCUUUGUGAAUAAAGACUGAAGUUAUGUGUUUCCAAGAAAAACUUUAUCUAGUAAAGUUGGGAAACUCUGAAGUGCAUUUGCAAAUACAAAAUUUAAGUCAAGCAAGGUAGCUUUAGUUUGGUUUCCAUUAGUGCUGUCCUUAAAUUUGUCCUCAGUUCUGUAAGCUCAUGUCAAGUUCUAUUUUUAUUGAGGUAUGAAAAAAUGUCCAAGAGGUAUACAAGUUACGGAGAACUUAAGUAUUUCUGAGUAUUUUGUAAUAUAAAGUAGUUGAAAACUGUUACUUGCUUUAAAACCUCUUCAAUGCACAGAGUCUUUGCAUAGAGGAAAUGUGUUUAACAGUUUUCUGUUUUAUUCCUAUUAUGUAUUAAAUGCCAUAUUUGAAUUUUGGUCUAUUCCUACUAAUGUUUUGUGCUAUUGGAUGUGUUCUGUAAAACUGUUUGGGUUCAAACAAAUUAGCUCAGUAUUUGUAAAAUAGUCUUCUGUAAAUGUGAACAAUUUAAUAGUUGUUAAUCUGGAAUGUUAAGAAAAAAUAUGUAUUUUAAUCAACUGUUUAAUAAAAUGUUGAAACUAGCUGGUUGCUUUUGUGGAUGAAUGUAUAAAGUAUGUGUGGCUGAUCUGAAUGUUAAGUGAUUGAAUAUCUGAACAGUUAGUAAACCAGUCCCUUAGACCCUGCUUGUAUCUGUUUAUAGAGUGUAAUGAACCAUCCUAACAGGUACCAAGUUUCUGGAAACAUUAGCUCAAUAAGGGAGCCUCACAUUUAGGGCUUGCACCUUAAGGGUAGUGUCAUCUUGAAAGUUGUGUUUCCAAAACAUUUUGUGCUGUCUUUAAUUCCAGUUGGGAAAAAUUAUUUUGUCUGAAUUUUUUUGUGCGUUGGUGCGAUGCAGUUUUUUGGAUACAUUCAGUUGCACUCAGGCAUUUUCCUUUUAAAGACAUCUGAAAGGGAAUAACAAGCCCAUUUCCCAAGUUUUUAAAGGUGGUCUAGCUGGGCUUCUGAACCCUCAGUUUUCAGGAUGACAUUGUCCUUUUAAAUAUUUUAAGCAUAAAUAAUGCAUAGCAUUAUAUAGCAAAUUGAGGCAGUAGUGAACAGCAUCACUUUACAAAAGGAAACAGCUCAAUGCCUUUUAUCUUGUAAGUAUUACAGAAGGCAUCUUUCAGAACAUUUAACUCCAGACCAUUUAAAUUUAUCACGGCAAACUGGAGCAGUUACACAAGCCAUUACAUAAGAUACAAACUGCACCUAAGGUUUAGUUAGAAUGCCCCAGCAGAGUUUUUUAUCUUUUCAUUUUAGGUUAGCAAGUACACAAACAUCAUGUAACGGCAUAAGGACUCCCUGGAACAUCUUCAAGACAAUCUGAUAUUAAAGAUCUGUUUUGGAGGCAACUUUCAGUUAGCUUUGUGCUGCUCUUUACAGGAUUGGAUGAGUGGUGUUUGUCUUUGACUGGAUGGACUUAAAUGUGUUUCUAAUGUGUGUGUCAAAUGAUUACCUAUUGAACAGACCGCCAAUCUGGCUGAAGCCAAUGCUUCCGAAGAAGAUAAAAUUAAAGCUAUGAUGUCACAGUCUGGCCACGAAUAUGAUCCAAUCAAGUAAGUCUUCAGCAUGCCACAAACCAAUUUUUUUAAAAAAGCUAACUAUGGAAAAAUUUACAGAUUUACUAUCUUCUUAAUUAAAGCAAAACAGCAAAGAAACACACUUCUCUUCUUACACCUUUUUAGUUACAUGAAGAAACCCCUGGGUCCGCCUCCGCCAACAUACACUUGCUUUCGUUGUGGAAAAGCUGGCCAUUACAUAAAGAACUGCCCGACCAAUGGGGUAAGGGACUGUGGAAUGGAAGUUUUGAUUAGUGUUAACUUGUUUAUCUUUAUUUUCAUAGACCUCCAUUAAACCUGUAGCAAGAAAAUUAAAGUUUUAUUCCUUGGUUUAUUGUAUAAGGGGGAGUGUAAUAUCCUGUUAAGUCCUUCUUUCUCUCCACUUUCAGAUUGUGUCUGUCUCUUCAAUGAUCCAUUUGGUAGUGCCACCUUGUAUUUGUAUCACUGACACCAGUAAUGCAAGAUCAGUGGGGUUGAGGGAGGGCUACCUGUCAUGGAUUAUUAUUGUGGGGCACUGCUCACUAUGAAAAGUAGUUUCUUAAUGAUAGCUUACAGUAAACACUCUAAGAGCAGUAGACAAUUUUGUUCAAUUCUUUCAUGCUUCAAAUGGGAUGUGACUGACUUAAAUAGCAUCCUUGGUGAAGCUGCAAAGUUCAUGUCAUGUGCCUGAACAAUGUUGUUUCAACACAAGCCAAGAAGCUUAGUUAAAUUUGGGCAGGGGUUCUGUUUGGAGAAGCUGUUGAAUCUUUCUCUUAUAGCUUAGAGAGAUCUUUUCUGUUUUUUACCCCUUCGAUAGGACAAAAACUUCGAGUCUGUUCCCAGGAUUAAAAAGAGCACAGGAAUUCCCCGAAGUUUCAUGAUGGAGGUGCAGGACCCUAAUACCAAGGGUGCCAUGCUCACAAACACAGGGAAAUAUGCCAUCCCAACUAUUGAUGCGUAAGUAUACAGGUCUUUAGAACAGAAAUGUUGUCUCUAAUGUUCAAUAUUCUUAGCUAGAGCUUUGCAACUAGGGAAUCUUAUUUAUUGUAAGCAGCAUAUUUGUAAAAAAAAUUUAAAAGAAAUGUCAUAAUAAGAAAUAAUUGUGAAUGUUUGUGACAGUUCAUUUAUGGGAUCAGACAAUGUCUUCAGCAUCAGACAAAAACAUUGCUUUUCAAAAACACCUCCAGAAACACCUGGUUUUACCAUUUUGCUGCUGCAGUAGAGGGAAAGCCUCCUGUUUAUUGAUUUCUCCUGGAACUAUUCUCUUUGAUAAUUCUGGUUUGAUUCUGUCCUCCAGUGUUUUGGUUUGAAAUUGUAAACUGCUUGAGUUCAUUGAAUAUAAGGCAGGAUGUUGUUAGAAUAUAGUAUUUAUUUGACUAGGCCCGUGACUUGGGUCAAAUCCACACCAUAAACAGAACAUUACUUCUAUCCACAAACUGUAGCCUGUUAAGAGUGCUGGGAAUUGUAGUGUUGCGUUCUUUGGGCAGAAAGGUGGGGCACAAGUGGAAUAAAUAAUAAUAAAUAUUAAACACAUAUAUUUAAUGCUUAACAUCAUGUAUUGUCUCACCUUUUUAAGACCAAGAUGUGUGUCUGUGUUUUCAGUGCUGCUUAUGCUAUAGGAAAGAAAGAGAAGCCCCCUUUCCUGCCAGAGGAGCCAUCGUCUUCCUCAGAAGAAGAUGACCCUAUUCCAGAUGAGCUUUUGUGUCUGAUUUGCAAAGAUAUAAUGACUGAUGCUGUGGUCAUUCCCUGUUGUGGAAACAGCUACUGUGAUGAAUGUGAGUUCCAUGAACUGGCUUGUGUGUGUGAAUGUGAUGGGAGAAGAACAAGGCUGAUUGGGUUUUCCCACCUCUAGCGUUACCUGAGAAGGAGAAUAGAAAGGUUGCUUUUACUUUAAAGUGACUUGCACCUGGACUGCUUCAUUACUUUUUUUAAGAGGCAAGAACUGGACUGGGGUUUUUAAACCAAAAUUUUUACUCUUCCUUUGACCCACAGAAUUCUACUUUUUCCUUAAGUUCAUUGGUGUUUUGGGUAUAUGAUACACUCUAAGAUAUCAAAAGCCCAUUCCACAGUAACUCAAAAGUGGCUUUUUUAGUGUAGUUGCACCUGUCCUAUGGAACAACAUCCCUCUUGAGAUAAGACAAGAGCUGGCUAUCUGCACUCUUUUGAAACAGUUGAAGACAUUUUUGGUCCACAAGGCUCUGCCAUGGGUGCUUAUUUGGUGUGGUUUUCAAUUUCAUCCACUGUUAUUUUCUGUAGAUUAUAGCUGUUUUGUACGUCUUGAUGUACAAAAGAAGGCAAUUAAUAAUAAUAUUCAUAAUAAAAAUGCUGAAACUGUUGUCUUGCUUAAAUUCUGACCUGGAAUACUUUAUAAAGCAAGGACAUUCCUUUUCAGGCAUUGGAGUUUCCCUCUGCACCUCCAUGCCUCUAGAAGGACAACCACCCACCCCCUUCUGGAGCAGCUGCUUUUCAGGAGGCAUAUGGGAAUGCAGUGGGUGUACAGCUUUGGGACAUGCUACUAGAUUUCUAUACUGAUCUACUAUUUUGUGGCCUUUGCAGUGUCCUUUUAGUUACAGUACAUCCACAUUUAGAAGUCUUCUGGAAUUCGUUGUUGUUUGCAGUCUUAGUAGCUGUGCUAGUACAUGUGUACCAUUGAGCAGAGUGUGAAGAUUUUUAUAACAGUUACACGUUUCACAUGGCAUUGAAAAAUCAUUCACAGGUAUCAGAACAUCGCUGCUAGAAUCGGAGGAACAUACCUGCCCAAAUUGUCAUCAGACAGAUGUUUCUCCUGAUGCGUUAAUUGCCAACAAAUUUUUACGCCAGGUAACUUGAGAUCUAUCUGUAUUCAGUUCUGCAUGCCUGAGUGUACAUCUCUUUUCCCCUUAUACUUACUGAUCCACUAUGUUGGCCUGGAUGAGAAGGGAUGGGAGUUAAGCUGGUUUGGUCCCUCUGUGACCAGCCACCCAAGAAAUUGACCCACAUGCUGUGUCCCUUCCUGCGGUAAAGGUAUCCACAGCAAGAUCUGAUUUUCUAUGACCUCACCAGCCCUGAUACCAAGUAGCACAGAUGUUUGGAUGCAAUCUUAGGGAAGCUUUGAUAUGCUUAUUCGUUUCUCUUGACUGGUGAUUUUUCUUCUCUAGGCUGUAAAUAACUUCAAAAACGAAACUGGCUACACAAAAAGACUCCGCAAACAGGCCCAGCCACCUAGACCGGUAGUUCAGCGGAAUGUGCCUUCAUUACAAAGGCCAACAGGUUCCAGGCAGCAGGAUCCCCUCAUAAUUCCAGCCACUUCUGCUCCUCUUCAUACACCUGCAUCCCUCACCUUGUCAUCAGCUCCUGGCCAAUCAGUAUCUUCAACAGCAACGUUGUCAGUCAGCCAUUCUGCCACCACAUCUGCUAGUGAGGUCUCUGCACCAAUGUCCCUGGCAAUUCAUGCUGACAAGCCAGAAGGACCUUUCCGGUAGGUCGAUUUGUAGAAAGAGGCCACUAGAUUGACAGCUUGGCUUCGCUUUUAAACUGUCCUGGGCUCUGGUGGUGUUGUGUCUAACCAUUUGUAUGCCUAUCUCCCUGGAAGGAUUGACUGCCAGUUCUUGAGUGUGUUUGUAUGUCUUAGUAACUUAUCUAAGGCUGGCAGUGAGUUCUCAAGUUACAUGGGGUUCUUAGAAAUCAAAUCCAAAGUAAGGUAUUUCAAGCCCAAUGCUUGCUUUUGGCCUGUUAAAAAGUGAGUAUUCUUAUGGGAGGGAAAUGAUGCUUAUAUGUUUUAAUGAGUUACUACAUUGUUUUGAAUUUCAUGCAAUCUCCAGGGAUUGAUUGAUAUUGCUAUGCUUGUAUCACAUUUUGCCUUUUAAGAUUUUAGGUUUGAAAUCUUAAAAGACAAAGUGAGCUAGGUGAAGCUGUGAGAAUAUCCUAGUGAAUUUCAAGAAUUUCUCCUUUGGGUGCUGCAAGCAUCCAAGAAAGCAAUAAUCACUCUUCAUCUGUAUUAUUUGAUUAAAUUUCAAACUACAAUGUUCUCAUCGGCCGUCAGCUCAAUUCAGAUAGUCCUCAAGAGCCAUGCCAUGCUAUAAAUUGCCAAUUUGGAUAUCACAGCAAACUGAUUAACUUUAAACAGGAAAUGGAGAAUGGGAGGUAGGGCAGGAGAGACCUGGUGAAUCCAUAGCAUGUCAAUUCUCCUGAAACCAUGGCUUGGAAGGUUCUCCGGAGCCUAUCCACACCACAUGAGGCAGAUUAAGAUCUCAUUGAAAAACUUAGUCAUAGCACAGUUCCUUUCUGAUAUAUGCACCUCAUAUGUUUAACCGCAAAACACUUUCUUCAUAGAGAGGUUCUCCCAACCAUUUAAUUAUGUGUGUUGAUUUGUUUUGCCUGCCCUUCCCCACCUUUUUAAAGCAUUGUGAAUAUGACUACCUCCAGGGUCUGCAGAAUGACUUUGUAGCACCCAGUCUCUUGUUUUCAGUCUCUUGCCUAGUAGUUCCUAACCUUGAAUUUGCCUCUUUCACUGCAGUGAGGGCGAUGGUAUUGGACCAGCUGCUGCUAUAGUGACUGCCUCAGAACACUCAAAGCCACCUUCCACACUGUCAAUUAAUACUGUGAUGGAGGAGAAGGUAAGCUUUGUUUUGGAACUAAACUUGUUUGCACAUUUUAGCAGCAUCACAGUCUAAUUCUGUUCCUCUUCCUUUCUGCAGGGCUAUCAGGUUCCUGUGCUUGGGCAGCCAGCUUUGCCAGGACAGCUGGGCUGUCAUGGGCAUUCAAUACCUACCAUGGGUAAGUGGUACAACUUUGCUCUUGGCUAUUUUUUUGCAAUAGUCCUGCCAUCUGCAUUUAAUAAGCAACUUCUUCCCCUUUUCAACAUAGGUCAACCGAUGAGAACUAAUCCUGUUCGCUCUGCAGGCAAUAGGUCAGGCUGGGAGCCGUAAGUAUACCUCCAAAACAUAUUUUUUGUAUCUUAGGUAGUAAGUUUAGAACACGAUAAGCAUAUUAAACAGCUUGAUAUGCAUAGAGAGGCUUUUUUAAAAGUUGCUGGUUAAAGGAUCUAGUUUGGUAUCAAGCAACACUCUAACCUCACUCCAUUUUUUAAAGUGUCAAACUGUUAUCGGGAUCCGGGGACACCUUUAAAGUCCUAGAUUAGAAAUAAAUAUGAUUGAUUUCAAAAUAACUCCAGUUUAUUAUAAAAAAUAAUAUUUAUCGAUACUGCAUUCCAGAAAAAUAGAGCUGUAUCCAUCGAAGACAUUGCAUGAUUGAAACAACUUCUGCUUGUGCAGUGGACCUUCUCCUCCUGCUGCAGCCAACCCCCCGAAUCUACUCUGGGGGUUCCCCAAUACCCCAUGGCAGGUUUGGGAAAAGGUGUUGGGGGCGCUUGUGAGGAGGAGAGAGAGGGAAGUUCCGUUUCACAAGUGGAAGUUAUUCAACUCAACACAGUUGAAUACAAACUCUUAUCUAGUCCAAAAGCUAUUGGGGAUACAAUGAACCCCACAAUGUCUACUCAAACCGCUCAUUGAGCUAUCGGUAAGCCCUAGAGGAAAAAACAGAAGAGAUGCAUAAAUGAAAUAUUGAACUUUUAACAGAAGAGAAGAUGAACUAGAACCCAAGCAAGGCCUAGUAGGUUUUUUCUUACAAAUGAUAAAUCAGUGUUGAAAGCCAGCUUAGAGGAGAAUUAACUGCUUAAGAUAAGAUUCAUUCCUGUGAUUUAGUGGACCCCUGCAAUACUUUGUUCUGGGGCUUUGUACACACAGGAAUGUGCAGAAAAACUGGACAGAAGAUGUAUUCCAGUGCGCUGAACACUAAAGUUAUUUUACCUACCCUGUUUUGAUAAGUUGCUGGGGAUAGAAUAGGCCCCAGUUAGCGAGUAGUUUCACUUUCCCAUUCAUUUCAACAGGGUAAAUCAGCCUCUGACAACUUAGUAAAUUAACAAUUUUAAAAAUAAUUGAAAGGAGGCAGGGAGCAAAAUGAGAUGUUACAGGACAACUGACUCCAUAAUUGCUGAGGAAUAUGUGGAGUAGGUUUGCAAAACAUUUUACAGCAUAUUUGCAGCAGUUGCUGGUACCAACAUCAACAUCAUUAGCUGCCAUUGGGCUAAAAUAGGUAGUUUUUAGCACAGGGUGAGGGCCGGGGUUUCAAAUUGCCAGGCAGCAGAAUUUAGAUUGCUUGAAGGCACCCUCAAGUUUUUGAAUUGCAAGCCAUAGGCAGAGGGUAGAGAAAUCCAAACCCUGACAGGUCUGUAUUAGACAUACUGUGCUAGGUAUCCUUUUUUAACAUUACAAAAUGCCAGUGUACAAAAGAAAUGCAGUUGUGAUGGGGAUGCUGGAUGGCAGGCAUUUAAAACAGCAGCAGUAGCAGAUUAACUAAUGUUCAUGAAAGGCUUGGAGGAGGAAAACUGUGGUAAGUGUUGUGUGUAACAGGGAGGGCUCUUGGGAGGAUCUGUUGAACCGGAAGUGCUGAGGGGGAGCAAAAGAACAGUUUAGACUGGGUAGGCUGUAAGACUGAGGAUGGGCAGUUACUGCAGAGGGGUGCUAUCCAUUUCACGUUUCUCUCUUGAGAACAAGGGGCAAGUGUAACACUCAGUGACAACGUGUUUUUGGGUUUCUUUAGAAGUUCAAACCGAGGACGCCCGCAUAGUGACCGUACACAAAGGACUCAGGCCCCAACACUGCCAGCAUCAACACCAGUCUUUGUGUCCGUGCCUCCUCCUCCCCUGUAUCCUCCUCCUCCCCAUGCACUUCCUCUUCCACCGGGGGUACCUCCACCACAGUUUCCUCCUCAGUUUCCACCUGGUCAGCCUCCACCUGCUGGGUACACUGUCCCCCCUCCGGGAUACCCCCCAGCUCCAGCAAACAUAUCAACACCUUGGGUACCAACACCAGUACCAACGGCUCAUUCAAAUGCCAUCCCAACGACACAAGCACCUCCUCUCUCUAGGGAGGAGUUUUACAGAGAACAGCGGAGACUUAAAGAGGAGUAAGUAUUUGGCUCUGAAUGAAGUUCCGUUAUAUUUCAUUCUUCUGUUUCCGUAGAAUAUCAGACUGCAAAACUAUGCUAAAAAUGCGUCUGCCGUAAGCAAAAAUGACAUAUAACGUGAGAUUUCAAAUGUUGGUUUUCACCAAUAAAAAUAAUCCUUCAGAUCUCAAACCCAGAAAACUGUAAUUCUAACAAAAUGCCAUGAAGCAUCUCUUGGAAACCUGCGUUGCUUUUUGCUUUGUUGUAGCAUGUUCACAUCUCAGUUGCAUGCAGAGUCCUUUUUUGAGUGGUGUGGUUCUCUUAAUGCCGCCUUUAACAUUGCCCAAUGACCUGACAUCACGAUCUCUCACUUUUGACAGGGAAAAGAAAAAGUCAAAGCUUGAUGAGUUUACAAAUGAUUUUGCUAAGGAACUGAUGGAAUAUAAAAAAAUCCAGAAGGAACGCAGGCGCUCUUAUUCCCGGUAAUUGUUUUUAUUGUGCCUGUAUAGAUGAGCCGGAACAAAAUCCCCCGUUCUUUUCACGUUGCAGAUCCCCUAUUCAGUCCCUGGCAUCAUAUCUAGUUUUUGGGUCUUAUGUAGUACAGAGAUGGGGAAAGAUGCUACAACUCAGUGCCAAUGGUACUGGGCAAGGUGGGCUAACAGUCAGAUAUAGCAUGGCUUAUUGCAGGUACAGGGAACCUCUGGCCCUUCAGAUAAUGCUGAAGUAUAUCUCCCAUCAGCCCCUCAGCAAGCAUAACCAGUGGCCAGGGAUGAUGGGUGUUGUAGUUCAGCAAUAUCUGGAGGGCCAACGGGUCCCCAAACCUGGCUUACUAUGUUCAUAGGCAUUUUUCCUAUGAAGACUAAUGCAGGAUACAGAUUUGCAUCUGUUGCCCUACAUUUCAACCUUGAUGCUAACUGCAGGCAAUGUUAUACAACUUCUUUCCCCCAAUAUUCAGAGGAACAGCAUGCUCUGAAUUUGCUAAGGCUUUGAAAUAAAUAUUGUUUUGGAUUUUUAAGGGUUAAAUAGUUCCUGGGCUAUUUUGAGAAUGCACACAAAAUGUCCAGUAGUAGCUUUCUGUGAAAGUAAACUCUGAAAUAAAGGCUAAUGAUUGUCUGCAGACCAAAUAAUUUCUGGAUACUCUGUUAGCUAGUCACAUAGUGCAUGAAAAUGUUUCCCAAAGAGGAGCUGUCACCAUCAGCUGGUGAAUUGCUUCUUAAAUAUUGGGUGUACAAAAGCAAUUUGUGAUAACUUAUUUGGUGCAGAGUGAGGAGCUAUUCUUCAUUGACAAUAGUGAUAAUAAUAAAGCUGUAAAAGUCCCACUGAGCUUGAAUGAGUUGUUAGGGGUGCCCAGAAGAGCUCUGUGCAUUGUCUCCUUCUAGGUAUCUGCAGUGACUGCUUCAUAACAGAUUCUGUGACAAAAAAGGGAAUGCUCUUCACUGUGGUUGUUCCACAUAAUUUGUACAAAAGUGAAGAGGCUACAGUUACACAUCUUUCCUUCCCCCUCCCCCUUUGCUUUGUUUCUUAAGGUCCAAAUCGCCAUACAGUGCAUCUUCAUACUCAAGAAGUUCCUAUACGUACUCCAAGUCCCGAUCUGGCUCAUCCCGUUCUCGAUCCUAUUCUCGGUCAUUCAGCCGUUCCCAUUCCCGCUCCUACUCACGAUCUCCUCCAUACCCACGGAGGGGCAGGGGGAAGAGUCGAAACUACCGUUCCAGGUCAAGAUCCCACGGAUAUCACCGCUCAAGAUCCAGGUCACCCCCCUACAGAAGGUAUCAUUCUCGAUCGAGGUCUCCAGUUUACAGAAGCCAGUCCCCAAACAAGCGCCCUGUUCAGCAGGCAGAAGGGGAAAGGGAAUACUUCGGCCGAUACCGAGAAAUUCCAUCUUACGACAUGAAAGCAUACUAUGGCAGAUCCGUGGAUAUGAGAGACCCAUUUGAGAAAGAGAGAUUCCGGGAGUGGGAGACCUACCGGGAGUGGUACGAGAAAUACUACAAGGGCUACACAGCUGGAGCCCAGCCCAGGCCUUUGCUUAACAGGGAGAACUUCUCCCCAGAGCGCUUUGGUCCUCCUGGCCCUAGGCGAGAGAAUUCCCCAUACGUUCGGGGCCGUAGAGACGAUUACCCGGGAGGCCUGGGCCAUCGGAAUCGGAAUGUAGGUACUGGCUACUCUGAGAAGCUUCCAAGUAGAGAGGGCCAUGGCAUGAAAGAGGUGGCCAAACUGAAAGACAAGGAGGUUGAGAUCCCACCAGGAGAGGGGAAGGGAAACAAACACAAGAAGCACCGCAAGAGAAGGAAGGGGGAUGAGGGUGAAGGCUUCCCCAAUGCUGACCUGUUGGAAGGCUCGCGGAAGCCACGGGAUCCUGCCCCUGGGGAAGAGGGCAGCAAGCCUGAGUCACUCUUCAUGCUCCCAAGCAGGGAUGAUGCUACUCCUGUCCGAGAUGAGCCAAUGGAAGCAGAUUCCGUUGCCUUCAAACCCACUUCUGACAAGGAAAGGAAAGAGAAGCCAAAGGCCAAAGCCGAGAAGACAAAGCGAAAAGCAGAAGGCCCUGCCACUACCAAGAAAGAGGUGCAAGUGAAGCCAGCUAAAGCACCCCAAGAGAAAGUGGAGGCAGAUCGUGAAAAAUCCCCCCGGGCAGAACCUCCUGUGAAAAAAGCCAAGGAGGAGUUGCCAAAGGCUGAUCCUAUUAAGUCAGUGUCCUCUCAGAAAGAUGAGAAGGCACUUGGUACGCCACGCAAGGUUCAUCCCCGAAGCUCAAAAGAGCAUGCAGAAACUAGAUCAGCCAAGGAGGAGAAGGCCAAGAAAGAUCCCCCCAAGGAAGUCAAGCAAGAGAAGCAAUCGAGUAAGGAGGAGAAGUCAAAGAAACCUGUGGACAAGAACAAGCCUGUGGAUGCAAAGCCAGAGAAAAGGAAAAGGAAAGCCGAGGAAAAAGGAGACAAAGAUCACGAAACGCCGUCGUUAAAAAUGUCCAAACCUGACAUUGUAGAGUCGAAACCAUUGCCAAAGGGGAAAACUGAGCCAGAGGGUGAAAAAGCAGAGAGGACCCCUGAAAAGGACAAAGCUGUUUUGCCAGUUGCUCCAGCAAAAAAGAUUAAGCUGAACCGAGAAACUGGCAAGAAGAUUGCCAGUGUUGAAAAUGUCCCCCCAGUGAAGGAGGCUCCAGCCGAGAAGUCUGAGCCACCCCCCAGCAGCAAAGGGAAACAAGAGAAGGCGAAAGGAAAGCUGAGGAGGAAAGCCGCAGCUGCCGAUGGAUCUGGUCUGACGCUGGUUGAUUAUACCAGGUACCUCCUGAUUAAAACUUAAAAAUUAAUUUCACUUCCUGUCCAUGUCAUGUUGAGUACUGCCUCCUUUCUUAGGCUUUGAUUUGGCCUCUCUUAAACCCAGGUGGGAGUAGAAGAUACAGUGGUGCCCCGCAAGACAGAAAACCCGCUAGACGAAAGGGUUUUCCGUUUUUCAAUGCGCUUUGCAGGACGAAUUUCCCUAUGGGCUUGCUUCGCAAGACGAAAAUGUCUUGCGAGUCUUGAGAUUUUUUUUCGCUUCCCCCCCCCUUUUUCUAAGCCGCUAAGCCUUUAAUAGCCUUUUAGCAGCUAAGCCGCUAAGCCUUUAAUAGCCGCUAAACCGCUAAUAGCGCUAAUCUGCUAAUAGGGUUGCUUCGCAAGACGAAAAAACCGCUAGAUGAAGAUACUCGCGGAACGGAUUCAUUUCGUCUUGCGAGGCACCACUGUAAGUAGCUGACGUUGGCUGGUCUGGAUCUGGAUCUUUCGUCUUAUGGACAAGCCGGAUCAAUCCCUCUGAUAUAGAUCAGUUGCCCUCCAGUCCCAAGCAGUCCAGAUUGAGUCAUGGCCUUUUAAUUUCCCUUCUAGCAUGAGGUUUUUUAUGAAGCAAUUUGCCCACCUUUCCUUGAUGUCUGGGCUGUGUCGGUUAUUUUGUGCCUGUGGCUAGGUAAAGUGCACUUGCCAUUGGCCAUUGGAAAUCUCACUUCAGCAUUUUCCAUCGAAGGGAAGGAAUCAUUGCCUGAUGUGGCUUACUAGUGUUAAUUUAUCAAUGCUACUCUGUGAUCUGUGGGUGAGGGGGCCUUUCAGAGUUCUUCAUUUACCCUAGAGGCCCAUUCUCCCCCUCCCCCCUGUCAUACCCACCUGUCACAAUAUCAUUUGAUGUCAGGUGUGCAAAGUGCCCUCAUGACAGGUGGGGAAAAUAGCCUAAUUGGCUGUGUCAGGCAAUGAUUAUUUUCCCUUGAUGGAAAAUGCUAAAAUAAGACCUGCAAGGGGUCACCCAGGCUUGAUGGGAAGGCUACAUCUGGAUUUGGAUCCACUCAGGAGCUCCUGAUUGAAGUUCCCAAGCAGACCUGAUGUCUGCUGAAAGCAGUACAGUUUUAUAUUCCAUGCCAAAUGCAAACAGCAAAGAAACAAUUGGGAGCCUCUGCAAGAACCACUUGCAUUCGGCACUGUUUCAUUUUGGCACUGAGUGCCCACUAUGCUACUUUUGGCCAGGUUAGAUCCACUCCAGUGGAUCUGAUCUGGCAGCACGGCUUGCAUUCCUUGCUGCAUUUUAACGACAUUGAAUGCAUGGCACGCUUGCAAAAGAACAAUCCCACCUGCCAAGCGUGGACUGCAGAAGGUUUGCCAUACCUGAAUCCAGCCCACUGUGUCAACAAGGUUCCCUGCGCCUUUUGCUGUCAAACAGAAAUCUCUUGAGUCACAACAGCCCCUCUCUCUAAAGUGUAGGCUGAGAAGAAUUAAGGCUUGGUUACUAAUUUUACUUUUCUGUAGUGGGAAAACGCACAUGUGGCCUGGAUAGGGGGGAUGGGACUCUGGACCCCAAUGUUCCUGAGGGAAAAAAUAAACCCCAGGCCAGUUCCUUGAUGCAAGGGCUGUUUUCUAUGUGAAAAUAAAAUAGUAAAGUGGGGCUUCUGGCCCUGUAAAAAAAAAAAAAGAAUAUCCCCACAAUCUAAACUUGGAAUUAAAUUAUGCUGCUUUGAUGUCUUCCUUAAUAGGCUGUCUUUGGUUUUUCCUUCCUUAGCACCAGUUCUGCUGGAGGAAGCCCUGUGAGAAAGUCAGAAGAUAAGCUGGACAUGAAGCGAACUGUCAUCAAGACCAUGGAAGAGUACAACAAUGACAUAACAGCCCCUGCCGAAGAUGUCAUCAUCAUGAUCCAAGUUCCUCAGUCCAAGUGGGAUAAAGACGAUUUUGACUCUGAGGAGGAAGAAGAGGAGGAGGACGUUAAAUCUGUGCAAGUUCCCUCUGCAGCUGGGAAGCCCUCGAGUGUCGUCAAGAAUGUCAGCACAAAGCCAUCCAACUCCCUCAAAUACAGUGAAAAGGAUCCUGAAAGUUCACAGCCUGAGUCCAAAAACUCCAAAACAGUGUUAUUGUCCAAUGAGAAAGGGAAACUCAAAGAGAGGGAUCACACUGCAUUUGACAAAGACUCUUCUGAGAAAAGGAAGAGUGGCACUCAACAGGAGAAGGAGCGCUCCGAACGCAGUGCUGAACAAGGCAAUGCAAAGAACUGCUCUUCUAACUCUUCCAAAGAGGCCAGGUCUUCAGAUAAACAUGAAGCUGCCCAUGGGUCCUCUGGGAAGGAUUUCACUCCUACCUGGGACAAAAAGUCUGACUAUGACAGCAGCAGUAGCAGAGACUAUUCUGGUUCUAAGCGAAGAGAGGAAAGGAGCGACCUGGCACGGAAAAAGGUCUCUCCUCCUCGCAGCCGUGAUUCUGCCACCUCUGGACAAAAAAACAAGGCCAGGGAUGAGCGAACGGAGCAGCCCAAAAAGGAGGCUGGGGACUCAAAGCGAGGCAGUUACAGCCCUCCGAAGGACCGGAGGCCAAAUGACCACAAAGCUCCUUACGACUCCAGACGUUCUGCAGAACAACACAAGUCCCAGGAGAGAAGUUCGGGCAAGGAGAGAGAGAAACGCCCGUCCUCUGAGACUACCUGGAGCAACAAGGAGAGGGUGGCAGGUGGGAACAAGUCCUUGCACCGGCGCUGCUCACCAGAGGCAAGAGAGCCAGGGACAACGGUGCCGAAUGACAAGGGCACCACCAAGCCGAAGCCACUGCCCAGCCACUCUGCCCGUCUCUCGUCUGACCCAACGAGGGAGACGGACGAGGCAGCUUUCGUCCCAGACUACAAUGAGAGUGACAGCGACAGCAACGUCUCUACAAAGCAAGAGGACUCCCCUGGAAGAGCCACCCGGGAGGGGAAGGAUAAGGCCCCCGAGAACAGUAAGCCCAAGGAAGGAGCGGUGGGGACAGCAGUCUUGGCCCCCCCAGGUGGCGGGAGCCAGAGCCAGAGCAGCCCCAGCAUCAGCCGCAGCCAGAGCCCUUCUGAGAGCCAAGGCCGGAGCCGCAGCAGCAGUGCCAGCUCGGCCGACAGCCAGGACAGCAAGAAGAAGCGGAAGAAGAAGGACAAGAAGAAGCACAAGAAGCACAAAAAGCAUAAGAAGCACAAGAAGCACGGCGGGACAGAGUCGGAGGCAGAGCGGAGCCAAAAACACAAACACAAGAAGAAGAAGUCGAAGAAGAACAAGGAGAAGGAGAAAGGAGACGACCAAAAAGCUAAGGCGGCCCCCCUCUAGGGCGGAGGGCGGGGCAGGGGGUGGACCGACCUACAGAGGGACUGAGUCGCCUGUGUGAAAUUUUGUUAUAAUGUAAACAAAUGAGAGCCUUGUAAAUAAUGCCAUGACGGGCCCUGUGCUGCACUUACACAAUUGCUGCUUGAUUUGAUUUUUACAUCAGAGCUUUAUAAAGUGAACAUUUUGUACAGACUUGUGAGUUGUGACCAUGUGAUAUGGGGGAGGGAGGUGGGUUUUUUAUUUAAUUUUAUUUUUAUUUGGGGGGGCUCUUUUAACCACCAUUAAAAUAGUUUGGGUGGUGUUUACUGUACUGUGAAAAAAUUCACACUUAAUUUUUUUUUUUUUUAAUUGCCUGUCAGGAAAAAGAAAAGGGCUGAUAUCGGUUCUAAAAUAUCAGCCAGAGGACUUGUGGAAUGCAUUACAGCCCUGUUCUGUUACUUUUGGAUUACAAUAAAAAAAGAAUUCAUUAAACUUUAUAA